CAUUUCACAUCUAGGUGGGACUUAUGUUGGAAUCAAGUUUUUUUUAUUGCAUCUAUAACAGAAUCAUUGGAGCCAAUAGCUAUUUGCAGCCUCUUCAUGGGCUCCAUAAAACUACUAGUUAUGCAUCAUAGGAAUAUUCAAUUACUAAGUAAGCCAUAGAUCACUAGUUAUGAUGUAAUAAAGAGGUUGAGUUACGACCUUAAUCCUAGAAAGAUGAACUGUGCUGAUCCUUGCACUAUUGCUGGUAUGUAGUUUGUAGAUCAGUUAAAAUACCAAAUUCAGAAAAAAAGGGGUUCAGAACUAGUAAAAUCCCAAAGAGAAGAAGACGCUCCAAAGGACUGCUACCAACGACGAAGUGGAAAAAGACCAGGAAACCAAAUGAAACUGAUAGAGCUAUUUGGGAGGAGGGAGGCAAUAAGAGAGAAUGUCUGUUUUUGCAGUCUGCCAGCCAGUGAAGCUUCAUGUUGUUUUGCUGCCUAGUGUCAUAGAGGAGCAUUGGUGGGGCGGGUGGAAAAGAGGGAAGGAAGCAAUCUUGGAUGGGAUCGGACGCGAGCUUGUUGAGUGGAAUGAACCAUGAACUCAAGAGGCAAAAGGUCCGUCUUCAGCGGAUUCGAAUUUGGAUGGCGAUGUUGCUUCUCGAGUUGAAGUUGCUAAUGCCCUAUCUUUCUUCUCUACUGCCCUUAGCUAUUGCUUUUCGGUUGAAUAAGUUGAAGAUCUGGCAUUCUCCACCCACCUCAGUGGGAAAGCUAAGUGCCCCUAUUUAGUAAGAUGCCCUCUCUUUCCGCGAAUUGGGUAUUACUAGCCGAUGGCGAAUAGUUCUCACAACAAAGCUUAGGUGCUUGAGACUGCUCCUAGCGCGAGACACUUUCGCAUAGAAUGAAUUCGGUAAGGGUAGAACCCCAUGAGCAGUAGUAGCUUGUUCGUUAAAAACCGAAUGGGUUUAUCGGGUAUUUAUUGUUUUACAACUGAGAGUUGUAACUUAGGCUGAUUAUUUGGGGUUUAUCUAUCCACUAAGCAAAAUUAUAGGACUUAGUUGUAUUAAUUAAAAAGGAUUGUCUUGGCAUUCAAGGUAAGGAAAAAGGCCAUCUUGUCAAAUCCCUUAUUUAGUACUAUUCUGACUAUUCUUCUGGAACAAGUUCUGAUAAUUCAGACCCUAUGAUAUGCUAUCUUUUUAAAGAUCUUUUUAUGAUUAUGUAUUCUUACCAUGUUGAAUCAGAAUUAUAGCUCCAAAUUAGCGAGGACUAGUUUUACUUUUAACAAAGUAACACUCUUAAGGGCAUUGAGUUCAAAUUAUUCGUGUCCAAACUUAUUCUUCCAAAUAUUGGGCAAUCUUUCUUGAUAUCCAACAAGGUUGCCCGUCAAAUUUCAAAAUCCAAAUUUAAUACUCAAUACAUUGUUUCAUAUUCAUUAUUAACAAGAUCUUAAAUCACUGAUAGAACGAGAAAAUUUCUAUAGUUGUUCUAUUACUUUGGCAGUUUAUUCAUUAAGGACCAAAAUAAAUGAAACCUGCUCAAGUUUUUUGCUCUCCAUUUUUAAGUCUUUUUGUUUCUUAUAUGUUUUCUGGCAGCAGUAGAAUUGAAGUUGCCUACCAGGAGGCUGUUGCUUUGAAGAGACAGGAGGAGCUCAUUCGUGAGGAGGAAGCAGCUGGCCAAGCUGAAAAUGAGCUUAGGGCAAAGCGUGGUGCUGCUGAGAAGGACAAGCGUGCAAAGAAAAAACAGGGUAAACAGAAGCGGAAUAAUCGCAAAGGUAAAGAUAGAGGAAGGGAUGAGAAGUCUGAUGCAAUGAUGUGGGAAAAAGUCCAGCGGCAAAGCCCAUCUGAUGAAAGAGGCCUGGAUGACUUCCCUUCUAAGCAGAUGGAUUUGGUGAUUGAAAGGAUUGACACACUGGAAGAUGCAUCCGAUGUCUCAGACAAUGGAGAUUUUGUUGCUGAUGUCCUUCAGCCUGAUUUAGAUGACAGAGAUAACAGCACUGUCAACUGGGAUACAGAUACUUCAGAGAUUCAACCUCCCAGAGUAGCUAGUAGUAGUGAGUUACAAAAGGAGCAAACAGAAAAGAGAAACCCAUCUGUGAUGGAUGACAGCUCGUCAACAUGUUCAACUGACUCAGUCCCCUCAGUUGUCAUGAAUGGACCACACAGGGGAAACGCUUUACCGAACAAAAGCCAAGCCUCACCUAGCAGAGCCAAAAAUCAGAGGAAUAAAGAAAUACAUGAGCAAACAGUUUUUGCUCAUGGCGGAAAUAAUCCCCCAUCUAAUACUGCUGUUGAUGCUGGUCAUUCAUGUGAUGUCUCUAGCAGUAUGUCUCCCCAACCUGAAUCAGAGGCUGCAGUACCCAUUCUGAAGGAUCAGAUACAUUGGCUUGAACAAAAUUUGGUUGAGAAGGAGGAAGUUGUGACCCUACAAAAGAAAUUAAAUGUCAAAGAUCAAGUUGAUGUGGAGAGGCCUUCUAAGACAAGGACAGCAGGAUCAUCCUCUUCUUCAUCCAGUCCUGGGAAAAAGCCACCUUACAUUCUACAGCAGCCAAAGCAAUCCUAUGAAACAACAGCCAUGGCAUCUGCCACCACUGCUUCCACCUUGGCCAUGGCCGAGCCAGUUUGUAGUAAAGAACCACCAUCAAGUAGCACACCCCAAAAUGAUAAACCAGUUCCUUCAGCAUCAAGAUCGCCAAAAAUUUCCUCCAAAUCUGAAGCUUCAAGACACACUAUUCAAGCAAAGAGCACCAAUAGUCCCAACCAAGCAACUACAAUGUCAAGGCCUUGCAGUGCCCCUCUCAAUCCAGCACCAAGACCAGCUGCCCCCAUCGUUUCUACAAUUCAAACACUGCCCCUACUUUCACGCUCUGUAAGUGCAGCAGGUCGGUUGGGUGCUGAUCCAUCUCCAUCUGCCCCAAGUUACAUCCCUCAAUCAUACCGAAAUGCCAUAAUGGGUAAAACCACCAUGGGUGCAAGCCCAGCUGGUUUUGCUCAUCACUCGACUUCCUCUGGCCAAGGUGUUGGGUACUCUCAGGCGCCUUCAGCUUUGGUAUCAUCUGCAUCUGUGCUUCCACCACAGAACUCUGCUAGGAAGGAGCAAAGUUCAGGUAGACGAGGAUUCAUUUUUGGGUCGGUUAAGCCGGAGACACUCUAUGGCCAACCCCCACGGAAAGAUGACUGCGCAUGUCCAGAACCUAGCAGCUGUGGUGGGCGGUCCAGCUCAAAUGAUGUAAGCGACAUUGAGAGGCUUGACAUUUAUGGAGAAAUGCAAGCGAAACAUCCUUCAGCAGAGAUUCCUUCGAGUGCUAAUUCAUAUCAGGCACAAGGGGUGGUUGCAGAUGAAUUCCCCCAUCUUGAUAUCAUCAAUGACUUGCUUGAUGAGGAACAAAGCAAUGGAAAGGCAGCAAAUGGUCUCCACCACCAUCAUCACCACUCUUUCAGCCGCCAAUAUUCCUUCCCUGGCGAUGCUUCUACAGCCGACUUUGGCCCGUUAAAUGGCUCCUGCCGGUUUGACCAAGCUGAGCAGUUUGGUGAUGAGGGAUUCCAGAGAGUCUAUGGCUCUUCUAAUAGCUCGGUUCAUGGGCUGAGGGAGGGGCAUUUUUCACAGGCCGACCUAUCGGCCUAUGUGAAUGGCCAGAUGGAUGGAGUGAUGCAGAACCAGUGGCUUUAUGGCUGCACUGAUCUAUCGAUGCUGAAUUUGGGGACUGGAGAUGCCAAUGGGUACUCAUACCAGCUCCCAGAAUAUUCUAAUUUGGUGAGUGGGGUAAAUGGGUACAUGUACCGCCCUGCCAAUGGGCCUUGAGGGCACAGCACAUGUAAGGAUUCAUCAUUUCGAUCGUAAUAAUGUUUGUAAUCAAGGUAAUUUGCGAGAACAUGUUGUAAAGAAUGGUUCUGCAUUUCCAAUGGCUACUGCUUCCAGGCUGUGUUGAAGGCCCUUCUGAA